AUGACUUCCACAUCUCGAACCAUUGUCCUCAUCACCGGCGCAAACCAAGGAAUUGGUUAUGCAGCAGCAGAGCAGCUUCUCAAGCAAAAGGACUACUAUAUCUUGCUCGGCUCGCGCAAUGCUGAAAAUGGCGCUAAAGCAGCCGCAGAGCUCGACCCCUCCGGUGUAUCUGUGGAACCCAUCACCAUAGACUUGACAGACGACGGUUCUAUUCAGCAAGCUGCAGACCACAUUGCCUCAAAGCACGGUCGGCUAGAUGUCCUCAUCAAUAACGCCGGCAUCAACAACGAGCUCGCUUCCUACUGGAACCAGCUAGAAAACAAAGAAGAGACCAAGCCAGAUCUCGCAGCCUUGCGACAUGUAUACCGGGAUACGUACGAGGUUAACCUUUUCGGCGCGGCUAUCACAACCGAGGCAUUUACUCCACUGCUCGAGAAGGCGGUUAUGAAGCCUGCACGUAUCGUUUUUGUUUCUUCGCAUACGGGCUCUAUUGGAUUGCGCACUGAUUCGUCUUCUCCAUUCUACGAGAAGAUGAGCCUAGCAUCGUUUCCUGUUUAUCGUAGUAGCAAGACUGCGAUGAACAUGCUGACGCUGCAUUAUGCUGCGAAGUUCAAGGAACAAGGCUGGAAGGUUAAUGCCUCGUGCCCAAAUUUGACAAAGUCAGCCUUUUCUCGCUUCAGUGAUCUGGGACGCUCUCCGGCGGCGUCAGCGGUUAACAUUGUUCGGCUGGCAACUUUAUCUGAAGAUGGAGAGAGCGGACAAUACUCCGAUGAGAAUGGUGUUGUAGCGUGGUAG